AUGCCGGACAAAAAAAUGAAGGGUGGUCACAUGGCCAUUAUUGAGAACUGGUACCAUCAGAUUCCCGCCUUCACCGAUGUCUUCACAGAGGAGAGCUUCUACAUGUUUGUGGUUUGCUUCGUGCUGAGCACUAUCGCCGUUGUAUUUGUACUUUCACGGUUUAUCACACUGAAGCCGGUUGAUUGAAUAGUUUUACAUUUUGGGAAAGGUCAUAUAAUAAAGAAAGAAAUGUAA